UUUGCUUCCAAAGUUGCAAGUUUAAAAGCGCGCUCCUUCGGCGGUGGGCACACACAGACAAGGAGAAGUAGAGGAGAAUCAUCAUCGCGAGCACCGAUCUCUCAGUACGUACAACAUCUCGCCACCAACCAAACCCAUAGCUCCCAAAGUGAUCGACAUCCAUCCAUGGCGUCUAUGCUUCUCAAGGGCGUGCACAAGAGGCUGGGCCUGCCGACCAUUAACAUCUCCUGCUCCUCCGCCGACGCCACCUCCGUCAUCGCCAGCACCGGCCCUGGCAGCGGCAGCGGCAGCAGCCGGUUCAUCGACCGCCACUCUCCGCGCCUCCGCGACCCGCACCGCACCUCGACCUCCGCCUCCACCAAGCCGCCAAGGCCGAGCUUCGGCAGCGACAACACCAGAGACUCCUCAGCCUCUUCCCCGAACUCCAACCUGCAACAAGGGCACGGCAGCAAGAAGAAGAAGAAGAGCAGUACUGGCCAAGCUGCUGCUAGUGCUAAUGGCCCAAGGUCUUCGGAGAAGAGGCUGGUCAGCCCCGCGACGUCCUCCAGGUUCCUCCUCAACUCCUCUAGGAUGCAGUCCGACGACCUCGGCGUCGACAUGCUCGCUCUCCCUCCGCCUCCGCCGCCACCGUCCUUUAUCGACGGUAAGGACGCGCCCUUACCGGCCUGGCCCGUGCACUUCCCCGAGGAGAAAGAGAAAUCAACGGUGGUGCAAGUAGCAGAGACUAGUUCCUCAGGGUCUUCCUCUGCUUCGUCGUCGUCAGAGAUCACAACUGCGCCGGUGGACAAAGAUGGCCAAGACCAGGAAGAGGUGAUGAAGAGGUCCUCCUCCACGAGAAGAACACAGGCAGGACAGGUGGUGGUUCUGCGGGUGUCGCUGCACUGCAAGGGCUGCGCGGGCAAGGUGAAGAAGCACAUCGCCAAGAUGGAAGGGGUCACCUCCUUCGACAUCGACAUCGCCAGCAAGAAGGUCACGGUGGUCGGCGCCGUCACGCCGCUCGGCGUCCUCAACAGCGUGUCCAAGGUCAAGCCCGCGCAGUUCUGGCCCUCGCCGCCGCGAACAACAUGUCCACCGCGCGCUUCCGCAUCCUUCUGA